AUGGCGUCCCGCGUUGCUCUUCCGCCGCCGGCAGCCCCGCCCAAGCCCGCUCCGGCCGAAGAGGACGAGGAGCUCGGCGAGCUCGCGUACUGCCAGCCGUGCGAAGAGACGGCGGAGCCGCUGCAGCGGCACGGCUCGCAGCGCUUCUCGAGCGUCGACGACCACGAGCUGGCGUGGGAACGCUACCGCGAGGCUCCGGCCUCGCUCUUUGGCUGCGCCGGCAUCAACGCGGCUGGCGUGCAGCGCAUCGACCUCCCGUUCAGGCCGCACGAGGUGGACCUCGUCGCCGAGUGGCUCGACCGCACGGACGCCGACGGUGCGACCGGGCUCGACGCGCUGAGGCCGCUGCACCGCCUGAGCCGCUCGGACAAGCUGGCUGCCUGGCGCUCCGAGUUCAGCUCGCUCGACCUCGGCACGUACGAGGAGGCAGCGGCCGAGGACCAUUGCGGGCUCUUCAGCCACCUCUGCUGGAGCCUCCUGCUGAUCGAGCCUCACCGCUCCUUCCCGGUCCACCAGCACCCCGACAUCGAGGUCGAAUUCGUGCUGCGGGGCGCGCUCUACGAGAACCGCCUCCUCUCGCAGCCGGACGCCGUCCUCGACGCGAGCGAGGUGCCCGACAGCGGCUUCCCGCGCCUCUUCAGCGUGCACACGCACGGCGGCGGCUCCUUCUUCUCCAACCCGCGCUUCAGCGUGCACCAGAGCUACACGAUGGACGAGGGGGUCGUCAUCCUCGUGCUCUGGGCCGGCCGCCACGUCAACCUCACUGACCCGGCCGGCAAGCUCUGGGCGCCAAAGCGCUGCCGCAACCCCUUCUGCCCGAUGGGAUCGACAACGUUCGCGUCUCUGGCGGCGGUGCUCGUGGAGAACGACGACAGCACCAAGCCCUUUGACGACGUGGCGCAAAGCUUCAAGUUCCGCCUCACCGGGCUCGACUCUGAGUGCAUCGGUGGCAUCUACCCGGUCAAAAACGCGACAGGAGGCACCAUUGACGAGCCCGUGGACGGCCUUACCAACGCAUGUGGCGUCCACGUCCACAGCGGCAUCGGAGGAUGCGCCCCCCUGGGGCCCCCCGGGGCGAACGGAGGCGGCCACUACUUUGCGGAGGGCUUUGCGGACCCAUGGGGCAACGGCGCAGGCACCGACUUCAAGAACGACUACGACGUCCUGGCCCCGGGUGCGACCGCCGCCUACGGCGAGUUUACCGCCACGACCGGCCUGACGCUUCCGGAGCGGCGCGCGCGUCCCCAGCCCAGCGCGACCCCGUUCCACACCUCUGCGCUCUGGUCCUCCUCACCACACGCCCAUAACGCACAGGGGGAAGAAGGCGGCCCUGUGAUCGUUGUCCACGGGGCCGAUGGUGGGCGCAUCGCUUGCGCCAAGCUCGAGUGCGAGAAGAAGGGUUACGACUGGUGGUGA